AGGGUAGAGCUUUUCAUGGGUUGGCCAAGAAACAGAAAAAAGGCUAGAGCUUUUGAUGGGAACUUCCACAAAGCCCAAAGCUUUCAAUGAUUCAAACCAUUUCUGAGAAGAAAGUGGAACCCAUGAACCCGCUCCUUCUCUACCACGGUACCAACACACCACCACAACAAAAACAAGCGGGAGGGAGGGAGACCCAACAAAGAGGCUCAACAACAUGAACCGGAAAAAAACAACAUUGCAAUUUCCAAUUUUUGGGUGUGGUCAGUGUUUGUGUUUAGAGACAGUGGGACCCAAUGAUACCAAGAAAUUUCUAAAAACAAAACCAAGGAAGUAGGACCCACUAAGUGGCUAAUGAUGAGGGAAAGGGAGGCCUAAAUUAAUCACCUGUUCUUCUUGCUACCAAAAGGAGAGACUUUUGCUCUCUUUAAAAAUCUUCUGAAAUCGAAGUGUGCCUCAGAUUCCUUGCCUACACACAGACGUGCUCGCCUUGAUGGAUGUCCCUCCAUGCCUCUCUCUCCCUCUUUCUCUCUCUUCGCAAGUCCUGUGCUUUUUUUCUAGUCCUCAUGGUAUUUGAAUCUCCCAAACUAGAGUUGUCGUUUUCUGUGCUUUAGUCAAAUCUUAUACCAAACCAUAUUGGUCACUGUCAACAAGUGGCCUGUCUAUUUAUUUUCUACUUUGCCCUUCUUCUUCACCAUUUAGGUUUCACAUACUCCUGCUUCGAAUUGGGAAGGCGGUUACUGGGUUUUGGACUUCUGGGUAGUUGCGCUUUCAGCUCCAGAAGAGCAUUCACUAAGGUUAAUGGUUAGCUUGCUUUCAAAUAUACCCCCUUAGACUUUUGUUACGCUGUUUGAGAGAGAACAAAAUGACCGGAGAAAAGAACAACUUUCAACUGAGCUAAUGCAACUGCUCAUGGUUGGUUGAGCAUUACCUAUUUGAACAAGAAAAGCAUGAAAACCAACGAUUAUCUCAACAAUAAAAGAGAGGCAUAAGGAAAUCUUAGUUCACUUUCCACGUUUAUGCUCAUGGGAACAAUGACUACAAGUAUGCCCGUCCCUCGAGUAGCAUCUAAUUUUGAUGAGGUAUCUAUGCAUCAGAGCUUGCUCUUCUCUGAUAGUCUCAAGGAUUUGAAGAAUUUGAGAACACAAUUAUAUUCAGCAGCAGAGUACUUUGAACUAUCAUACACAAAUGAUGACCAGAAACAUAUAGUGGUAGAAACAUUGAAGGAUUAUGCCAUUAAAGCUCUCGUGAAUACGGUGGACCAUUUGGGUUCUGUGACAUAUAAGGUUAAUGAUUUCUUUGAUGAAAAAGUGGAUGAAGUUUCCGGCACAGAAUUUCGGGUAUCUUGCAUUGAACAGAGGCUAAGGACAUGCCAAGAAUAUAUUGAUCAUGAGGGUCUUUCCCAACAGUCAUCAGUGAUAGAUACUCCGAAAUACCACAAGCGGUACAUCUUGCCAGUUGGUGAGACCAUGCGCGGUGCCAACAAAACUAAAUCCAAAUAUGAAGGUUGCAACCUGGAUGAUGAAGAUGAAUGGCAUCAAUUUCGGAAUGCUGUUCGUGCUACCAUUAGAGAAACCCCUCCACCUACAGUCAGCAAAGGGCGUUCUCCAUCUCCUUCACCACAACCUUCCCAGCGGCCUGGAGUUUUUUCUUUUACAUCUACCAUGCCCAAAAAGGAAUUAGAGAAGCGAACAGUUUCACCUCAUCGGUUUCCACUUUUACGGUCUGGAUCUCUUGCAAGUAGGCCAACGACCCCGAACAAAAGUCAGUCAACUACCCCAAACUCAAGUAGGCCUACCACUCCGAAUCCUUCUAAUGCAAGACGACGGUACCCUUCGGAGCCUCGUAAAUCAGCUUCAAUGCGAUUACAUGCUGAAAGGGAAAAUGGAAGAGAGGUUGAACAAUACCCCAGCAAAAGUAAACGCCUCCUCAAAGCCUUGCUUAGCCGGCGCAAGUCAAAGAAAGACGACAUGCUAUACACUUACUUGGACGAAUACUGAGAAUGGACAUUGGAAGCAGAAAAUUACUGCAUAGUUUUUCUUUCAGCUUCACCCUUUAUUUGAUUACCUUUUAUUUUUAUAAAGCAAUGUACGUUUGGAAAUCUUAUAAACAUUAUAUAUCAAAUGUUAUAUAUCAUUUCAGAAGUUUGCUGGGUAA